CUCCAUUUUGUCCGCAAUUAAAAGAAUUGCUGUUGGAUUCUUAUUGAAAAAGGAGCAACUUUGCCAUUAUAGUUUCGACGAACAUUGUGGGAGAUAUUGCCUUUCAAUAUGAAGUUGACGAGGUUUUUAAUGAAGCUAAAUAGUGAAACUGUAACGGUAGAACUGAAGAAUGGCACCGUUGUUCAAGGUACAGUAACUGGAGUGGACCACAAUAUGAACACUACGUUAAAAGCAGUUAAAAUGACUCCUCGUGGGAAGAAUCCAGUUACGUUGGACGCCAUGAGCUUGAGAGGAAGUACCAUUCGUUAUUUUAUCUUACCAGAAAGUCUCAACGUUGAUUCUUUACUGGUUGACGAUAGUAUUCGUCCACGGGGUAGUAUUGCCAAGGAAGUAACGAAAGGACGUGGAAGAGGACGAGGUAGAGGUAGAGGAAGUGGUGGUGGACGAGUUAGAGGAUCGGCUGCUGGUGGACGUUAGUAUUUCUCUUGGGAGUACAAAUAGAAACCCACAACGAAUAGCCCAAUUUCUUGUAAUAAACACAAAGUUUGGAGA